AUGAGAAAUUUCAAGAGUUCAAUCAAAGCAAGGAACAAAUUGGAUAAUCUGGCGCUAAAGAGAAACGCCUCUCAGUCGUCCAGUUUUGGGUUUUGGUCUGCAGAAAGAGCCGUCGAUGGUUCUCGAACUGGGCCAAAGUUAUGGUCAGUGUGUUCGUCCACCGCUAACCAAAGUAACCCGUGGUGGAGGGUGGAUCUGGGGGACGUUUACCGCGUUAGCAGAGUAAUCAUCACUAACAUUAACAACAGCGUCGCAGACCGAAUAAACGGAGCCCAGAUUCACAUCGGAAACUCUCUGGAGAACAACGGCACCAACAACCCCAUGUGUGCUGUUAUUUCCAGUAUUCCAGCUGGAGUUUCUGCAACCUUCCUCUGUUGUUUUAUGGAGGGUCGAUAUGUGAGUCUGUUCAUUCCCGGAGACUCAAAGAUGCUUACUCUGUGUGAAGUGGAGGUGUAUGUAGAAGGUCCGUGUUGGAAGCAGUCGUUGGUAAAACUGAAGCUCAACUCUAGCUUUAGUCUUUCUGAUGUGCAGCUCCUGACCCAGCUGGAAUCUGCUCUGGCCCGAAUAGGACUUUCUGACGUGACGCUGCACUGGACGCAACUGCCCAAACAGGAAGUGAUGCCAAAGCAAGUUGCGCCAGGUUACAGAUAUCCUUGA